UGCUGCGGGGGAGGGGGGACCGGCCGGGGAGCUGGCUGGCGGUCCUGGUGGGGCUGGGCCAUCUUGGCCCCAUCCCGGGUCCCCCCUCUGAGGGCUGCAUGGUGCUAUCUCGUCUCGCCUCGUCUCAUCCCUGUGAUACUGACUCGUCCUUCGUUCUGGGAUGUCUGCCAAGAAGGUGAUUAAGCGGGGAGUCUGGAGGUUCCCACGGGCUGGCGGGGGUGGGGGGGCCUUCUUGUGACUCAAUCUGAAGGGCCUGGCAGUAUAAAUACAGGCAUUGUUCUCUCCCCCAGACUGGGACCCUCUUGCAGAGAGCUGGAAUUAGCAUUCCAAUGUGCCUUGGGUACCCUUCUGGCUGUGGGUGGGGGUGCGGGCCGGGCUGGGGUCCCACCCCCUGGACCCUACUGAUGUGGGGCCAGGAAGGGGUGAACAGAGACCCCGGGUGCCGAGUGUCUGAGGAACUCUGUGGGCUCCGGGCUGUCCUGGGGAAGCCUGGGGCUCCUUCCCCAAGUCCUGCUGCUCUCCAAGCUCCUGAGCUCCAGACAUCUGGGAGUUUCUCACAGCCUUUCAAAAAGAUCUCAAAAAGCCUGCUUCAGAUCCUGUGUCUGCCUCUCUCUCUGCCCCUCCCCCGCCCAUGUUCUGUCUCUCUCCCUCUCUCAAAAAUAAAUAGAAAACAUUUUUUGAAAAGAUCUCACAAAGGUUAUCAGUCCAAAAUAUGAAAGAAAAAAAAACCCUGCAAAAUCAACACGACCAAAUGUCUCAGUGACUGCACAGCCUAAUAGCUAAUGGAGAGGCACCUCCUGAAACCCUUUCUCUGUAUCCUCUCGUUGAACCCUCACUAGGACCUCGUGGGGUAGGUGGCUUUUUUUUUUUUUUUUUAAAUCCCUACUUCAUGUUUGCGCAGGGAAGCCAAGGCACAGAGCAGUUAGGAAACUGACCCAGAGUCACACAGCAGAGUUGGGAGUUUGAACCCAGGCGGUCUGUGCUUCUCCAUCUAGUACUUACGGGCUUGAAUAGAAGUAAUGUUUGACUUAGGCGUGUUUUAAUUCUGUGUGACCAAGGCAAGGGCCCUCAGGUCCUCAGGAGGAACGAAGUGCCCGUUUCCCUGGUGACCUCCCCCGUCUGCUGCUCUGCAUUUUCCUACAAGACCCUGGGUCUCAUUGGUCCAUGUACAUGUUGGGAGUCAGGGAGGCGGGAGGACCCAUCCCAAAUCUAGGACUUUCUGAGAGGACAGAUGCUCUUCAGAGAGUUUUGGUGUACAUGAGGCUGCCUUCACUUCUGGCCCGAGUGUGGUUCCCCAGGGCCCAGAUUUAUGGCGGAAAGAGGAGGUGUGAGGGUGAGAGGUGGGAAGAAAAGGGAGGACGUCGCUCAGAGGAAGUGACCUGUGUGUUCCAAGGACUCUCGGGCAUGUUGGGGCUGGUCCAUCAGCAUUUCCAUUUUCGAGAUGAGCAAAUCGAGGCCAGAGACUAUUGACAGGCAGAUGAUGAGGGUGGGGGUGGGGCGUCUGGUCGUGGGCAGGCGUGGGCUGGCUUGUGGGGCCUCCAGCUCUGGGAGCCUCCCGUUUCUGCAGUGAUGCUGGGGAUCUGCCUCCCAUUCGGUCACAUCCCUACUCAGAGCCACCAUUGUGUCAAGGUUGAAAACCUUUUCUGAGCUUCGGAACCUUUCUGCCAUCUCAGAAAAGAAAAGAAAAAUGCUGAUGUUGGCCCAGGACUGAACAUCAGAGGCAACCUGCCAGUUGUUGGUUCCUGUUCGAUGCCAGGGGUCCUCGCCCCUGCUUGGUGACCGAGGCAGCCGCUGGUGGACGCCCUGCCCUCCUGUGGCACCGAGCCCUGUGUGGGCCUCAUGAAGGACCUCAUCAUGUCUGGAGAGGUAGAGGUGGACGAGAUAGAGGCGUGGCUCUGGUCGCUGGCCUUCAUCCCACAGCCCACAGAUGCCAUGGUCCACACGCUGCUGCCGCUCCUGCAGACCCCGGGGGCCAGCCCCAGCGCCUUUCUGGGCAUCUCGGCCCUGGCGCACAACCUCUGUGCCUCUCUGGACGGGCCCUGCGGACACCUGCCUGGUGUCGGCUCCCUCGUGAGGAUCCUGGGAGAGGCCUUGGAUGCCAACUGCACCCUCCAGGAGCCCUCGGACGCUGACCAGCUCCAGCUCGUGCUGAAGGCGAUUGGCAACGCGGGCCUGGCGGCCGCCGCUCUCACCCCUGCUCUGAGCACUUGUGCGUCUGAGAGGAGCUGCCCCCCUGAAGUCCGGCUGGGGGCCAUCCAGGCCUUCCGGAGAGUUCCCUGCUCUGCAGACCGAUCUGUGCUCUCCCGCCUGUACCAAAGCCCCGAGGAGGACGCUGAGAUCCGCAUCAAUGCCUACCUGGCCCUGAUGAGGUGUCCUGGCGAGGAGGUGUUCGCCCAGGUGCGGCACACCCAGGCCGGCGAGCGGUCUACCCAGGUGGGUUCCUUUGUGUGGAGCCACCUGCUGCAGCUGCUGGAGACCGAUGACCCUCUGAAGCGCGCUCUCCGGGAGACCCUCCCUGAGGACAUCCUCAGCCAGGAGUUCCAUCCGGAGGCCUGGAAACACUCAUCCUAUUCUGACGUCACGUUUCGCUCAGUGUCUGGCAGCCUGGGAGCCAACCUGGAGCGGACCCUUCUCUUUUCUCCAGCCUCCUUCCUCCCCCGUUCCGCCAUGACUAACCUGACCAUCCACGCCCUAGGUCAUGCCUUCAACUUCCUGGAGCUUUGCCUCCGGCUGGAAAAUGCAGAGAAAAUGGUCCAUAGGCUGUUCGGCGGGAAGUCCUUCUGGGGGCAGGAAGAGGAGGGAGAGGCUCAAGCAGAGAAGUCCCCAGAGCCAGAAGAAGGGUCCACCCCACAUGCCAGCAGCCCUGACUGUCUGGGAGAAAGGUACAGAAAGGUGACCUGGAGGCGCACAGAGAGGCGGGCACUGCGCUGUGAGCUGAGCGUGAAGGUGUUCGGGCACGAGCUGAGCGUCAUGAACUGCGGGGUGAUGGGGAGCCGCUUGGGUCGCCAGUCCUUGAGCCUGGCCGAGCUGGCAGUCAAGCUCCUGAAGGGGCAGGAGGUACAGGUGAACCGGAGGCUGAACCUGGCCUUGGAGGAGCUCACCUUUCCCACCAUGUCUGGCCUUCCAGCCCGGCUGACCCUAAAUGCCUCGGCUGCCAUCAGCGUCCGAGUGCGAGGCACUGCCAGCUUCCAGCAGCCCCUGGAUUUCUCUGUGAAUGGUUACGUCAAGCCCAGUGCCCUGCUCCGGAUCUCAGCGCAGAUGGGCACGGUGGGUGCCCUGGGGCAGGCCGGGCUGAGGUGGGUGACCGGCAUCCGGGGCACCGCCAGCCUGGAUGGCGGGAUCCAGGCGAGGAAGAGUCGAGACCUCAAGGUGCAUCUGAACACGCCCGAGGAGCCUGUGGAGCUGCUCAGCCUCAGCUCUAAGCUGUACCUCGUCACCGGGGAUGGCGUGAGGAGCCUCAGUAAUGCCCGCAGCCCUUCUGAGGCCCAGUCCUGUACUGACAAAGAAGGGUCCCGCACCUGGGGCUGGCAGCUGUGCACAGAAGUCACGUGGCCACCAGCUGGUCAGCCCUCCCUGCUCUCGCUGCCUGUGUUGGCGGCUGUGACACUGAAGAAGCAGGACCAGGGCCUUCAGCAGUACCUCCUGGAAGCUGCUUAUACCUUCCACCCCCAGAAGGACGGCUGGCUCCCUCGGGAAGCUUCGGCUCAUGUCUUCAUGGGCACGCCCAAGUCACACGUGCCCAGGGACGUCGGGGUGGACGUCAGCUACAGCUUGCCCCAGGGGAGGUUCCGGCUCAAGCUUCUGCAUCUCAGGAAGAAAUUGGAGCUAGACGGAAAGAUCGAGACUCUCCAGAGCGGCCGCGUGGGUCACCUGGAGCUGAUAAUGGACGACCGAGACGUCUACUACAUCAAGGGCCGGAGUGACCUGUGGCCAGCAGCUGGCGGUGAGCCCCAGCGGUUUGAGGCCCAGCUGGAGGCAAAGCUGGUGACGGCGGGCCGCCCUGUGGUCCUCACCGGGCACUUCAGCCGGCAGGCAGGCAGCCGGUUGGCCUUCUCCCUGUUGCUGAGCAACGUGCUGAGUGACCAGGCCCACCUGUCAGUGCUGCUGGAGAAGAAGGCGGAGGACGGGCUGCAGGUCGUGGUCCUGGGCGGCGAGCUCUCUGUGCCAGGUUUCGUGGGGCUGCGCGUCCUGGGUCUGGUGCAGCAGUGGGGCCGCCUCUGGACCAGCUCCCUGAGGAUCAAGUACGGCCUCCUGGGUCAGGCGAGGCAGCUGGCGCAAGAAUGUGGCACCAGCCAGAAGCUGCGAACGCACAGUGGCUCAGAGGCAGCUUAUGAGCUAGAGCUGGACCACGAGCUCCACUGCACGCAGGCCCCAGCGCUCAGCCACAAGCUUCAGCUCCGGCACGAGGAGGGCUCGGGCCACCUUCACUCCCACCUGGAGGUGAGCUAUGGGAAGCACUGGAACGAGAGCAGCGGUAAGAGGCAGUUCCGCAUCAGCCAGACCUUCCAGAAUGACUCCGGCCCGGCCCUGAGCAAUUACUUCGUGGAGUUUGCGCUCCAGGUGCCGGAGAGGCAGGUGGAUUACCGUACGCAGCUGUACCACUUGAGCCUUCGGCAGCCCCACUUGGAGAGCAGCACACACCUGAAGGUUCAGGACAAUGGACAGCUGCCCUUUGCGGCCGGCUUGCGGUGGAAAGACACCUCUAGAGCUACCCUGUGGAAAUGGGAAGGAGCCUUGAACCUGGAUAGUCCCUGGCUGAUGGUCUCGAUGGCUCACAGGCUGUACUGGCCCCACCGGCCCACUUUCCAGGCUGUCCUGGAGCUGACGCUGGGCAAAGCUCGGACCCUCAAGAACCUGGUGAUAAAAGUGGCCGGCAGGCGUCGGGGCCGCGACAGGGAGGGCAAGAUCCACAUCUCCACCCCGACUACCACUUACCUCCGGGUGUCCACGGCGAUGGCCUUGGCACAGAGCCUCUUCCGCAGCCGGACUGAAGUAGAAUCAGCGUGGGGUGCGACUUUGAAGAGUGAGAUCCACGCAGAGAACAGCCAGGAGCUUAAGAUACUGCACGGCUGGUUGAAGGGCCCCCUGCAGGAGGUGAACUUAACGGCAGCUUACAGGCACAUGGAGCAGCCUCGGAAGACCCACGUGUCACUGGUGGCUCUGGUGACCAGCAUGAGUGGCCGGCCUCAGGGCCUGGAGCUGGAGGGCAAGCUGGAGGAGGUGACGCGUGACGGGAGGUUGUACCAGAAGCGGGGGACCUUCCUCCUCAGGCACCCCUUGCCUCUGCCCAUCCCGCGGAGUCUGCUCCUGCAGGAGACCUUCACGGCGGACAGGCAACACCAGCGAUGCUCCCUGGAAACCAGGCUGGUCCUGAACGGCCGAGAGGAGACCCUGCAGACGAUAGUCCUGGGCUACCAGGCAGGACACACCUACGUGUGUCUGGGCCUGAACCACCCGUACAGCAGCAAGGCUGUCCCUGGGAACGCGGAGGGUUGUGCUGCUGCUUGGAGUCAGCACGCCGCUAAGAGCAGGGAGGUGGAAGCCACCUUGAAAGUCAACCAGAACGUCGUGCUGCACUUAAGGGGUCUGCACCAUGACAGAUCUCAGGGUGAGGAAAUCUGGCACCGCCUGGCCCUGAACGCAUCUCAUUCCUCCCAGCUGAGGCUCCCCCAGGCCCUGAGUUUGGAUGGGGACGUUGUCUUCAGACGGGGUCCCCCGGGACUGUUUGACUUCAGUGUGGACGCAAGGGCUACCGCCAGCCCCAACAUCCCAACCCAGGUCUCAGUCCAGCUGAACGGAUCUGACUCCCACUUGGUGUUCCUCUUCCAGCUCAGGCAUCCCUACAGACCCCCAUUUCCUCCAUACUUGCAGGUGCAGGCGACUGCCCGGCGAUACAAAGACCACAGCGUCGGCGGCUCCCUGUCUGUGCACGCCUCCGACCGUGAGCUGCUUCUGCUGGAGGCCGACAGCAGCCAGGACACCCGGAGAAGCAGCAGGGCCUGGGGCGCCAGUGUCCUCCUCCGCCAGGCAGUCCUCCGCGCCCCCAGGGCUGUUCAGCUGCAGCUGUCCAGCAAGGUGGCCCCAGCCAGGGUUUGGCUGUUGUACAAGGUGCUGGUGGACCAGAGCACAGCACAGCUUGUCCUCAAGGCUUCCGCGGAGCAGAGGGGAGGCCAGGUCCUGACCCUGCAGAGCCAAGCGCAGCACACGGUGGCUGGCUGGCCAGCUGUGCCCCACCUCCUGACCCUCAAGGGCGUGUUGAAGCAGAAGGAGACAUUCAGAGAGGGUACCAUCAGGGUCACUGCUGACUCAGCUGUGCUGGGUUUCCUCCUGCGGGACAAGCAUGAGAACGCAGGGAACAGCACCAGCAUGCACAGCGUCACCUGCAUCCUCGCCCAGAACGGCACCCGCGCCUUGCCAAGAGAGCUCUGGCUGAGAGGGCGGCUGCAGGCCCAGACGGGGAGCCUGGGGGGCCAGGCCAACCUCCGUGCCGAUGCAGCCAGCCUGGCUCUGGGUGGGGUCUGCGCCUGGGGCCCUGGGCAUGGCCGGCUCUCAGGCAGCCUGAGUCACAACAUCAGCACCCUGAGUGAAGCAGGACUCCCCUCGGAGGCGGAAAUGCUCCUGUCACACACCCACGUGGCUUCCAACCUCUCCACAAGCUUUAUGGCACGGAGCGCGCAGGCUCAGCUGGACGCAGCGCUUGGCCUGGACGGCCUGGCCCCCGGCGCCCCGGGUUACCUGCUCCGCGCCAGCCUGGCCCACACGGUGCCCGGCCUCAGGCGCUGGGGCCUCCCGUUCUCCGUGGACGGCCGCGGACACUUCCAGAGCGCGGGACACCGUGUGGCGGCUGGGCUGACGGCGAGUGUGGACGGCGAGCAGCUCCACUUGGCCCUGGAGGCGAGGCGACAGCCUGGCCACGGGGGCCUGGCCCUCGAGCUGCACCAUGGCCUCUCGGCGCUCCUGGGCACCGUGCCCGCGUGGCUCCAGGUCAACUGUAGUGGAGACGCCUCGUCUGCCCAGCUGUCAGGGCUCUGCUGGGGGGACUUCGCCCAGCAGCUUCUGGAGGAUCUGGCUGUGUUGUCUUUGAACGGCUCCCUCCUGGUCCACACCCACACGGCCAGUCUGGCGGCUCAGAUAUCUUCUGGGGACACCUUCGCCCGGGCCCACGUCCACACAGCCUGCGGCCACCGCCAUAUCCAUCUGGACACCGGCCUCCAGCACGCAUGGCCUCCAUUUGAGGCUCUGGGGGUUGCCCCCGACAACCACAUCCAAGUGUCCGUGGCGGGAGACGAACCCACCGGGGCCGGGCUGGCGGUGGCCCUGGGCCAGUGCACCCUGACUGCCCGUGGGGACAUCAGCCCCGAGGCCAACACCACAUACACCAACUGGACCCUGUCAUUGGUGAAUCGCUGCUCCUUGCUGGAGGCAACAGGCCUCCCACAGGCCCUGCACGCCGAGGGCAGCCUGAGCUGGAGCCCUUGUGAGGUCAAUCUGGCCUCAAGCCUGCAAAGUGACCCUGGAGACGCCCACCUGCUGCUGGCCCUCACCUGCGGGCCCCAGACCUUGGUCGUCGGGCGCCUGGCCCACUCCCUGCCCCUGCUGGGCCGCCUGGGUCUGCCACCCAGCAGCGCCAUCAGCCUGGCCGCCCAGCCCCGGCCCCCUGCCCGCAGCUCCCUGGCCCUCCAGCUGGGGCCGUGCCAGCUGCAGGGCUCGCUGGAGCAGCACGUGGAGAACCAGAGCACGUGGACGCUGGCUGCCGAGCCGGGCUGCCCGUUGCUGGAGGGCCUGGGCCUCCCAGCCCGGACACAGCUCAGCGGCUCUCUGCGCGCUGCAGAUGGGGAAGCAGACGUAUCGGGGUCCCUCGUGUCGGCCGGCCGCACUGCCUCCCUGACCUUGGCGGCCGCCUUGCACCGGUCCGAGGCCACGCUCCGAGUGAAGCUGAGUCACACGCUGCCUGCGCUGCGGGCUGUCCCCCCAGAGGCCCUGCUGACCACCCAGCUUGGGUGGGAGUCCGGGCGCCGACUGGAUCUGCGGCUGCGGGCGGGGGCCUGUGAGCUGCAGGGCAGUGGGGAGCUGCACCUGGGCCCCAGGCUGCAGUGGCGGGUGUUGGCCCAGAGCUCCUGCGAGGCCCUGCAGGCCUUGGGCGUCCUGGGCCGAGUCAACAGCUCCGGCUACGUCGAAGUGAGCUCUGUAGCUGUGGACGCCCGAGCACUGGUCGCAGUGGACAACAGCACUUUGCGGGGGCUGCUCAUCUUCAAGACUGCCGAGAACCAGCGGGAGGUGGAGGUUUCGCUCACGCACGACCUGCCCCAGCCCGGCCCCUCGGGUCUCCCAGCCCACGCCCUGCUGCAGCUGGCCACCGAGAGGCAGGGGCCCCGCUACAGAGGCACCCUGAGGGUCGGAGUGGACGGCAGACAGGUGUCCGAGGAGCUGACGUUCACUCAGCAGCCGGAGCACAUCUCCCUGGAGUACACCCUCCAGCACGAUGUUCCCAUGCUGCGGACGCUGCAGGUAGAGGACACACUGGGCCUGCGGGCCGCUGUGGAGGUUCCUGGCCGCGGCUCCAGCUUCGAGCAUUCCGGACACAUCUUGGUGGGGCCCACCUCCCUGAGCUACUCCGUGAGCUGCUGUCGCCGUGCUGGGCACCUGGAACUUGCUGGCUGGAGCGAACACAACAGCGUGACCCUGCUGUGGGCCGGACUCCCGCGCAAGGCCCGCCUUAGCGCCAGGCUGCAGACGCUCGAGACCCAGACCGAGGCCAGCGUGGCCCUCCACGGAGGGGAUGGUGGGGUCAGCGUGGACGUGGCAGCGUUGGUGGCCUGGCCGAUGGACGGCACUCUGGAGCUGAUGGUGAAUGCCAGCCACGCGGUACCCACUCUCCGGGGGCUGGGCCUGCCCUUCACCAGCCAGCUCGUGUUCCAGAAGCUCUGGGCAGAGGGACAGAUGCACUCUUACCUGCAGCUGACCUGUGAUUCUCAAGCCAGCCUGGUCCUUGACGUGCGUGGCCAGAACCAGGUGCUCAGCAAAGAGCUGCAGCUCUCCGGCCGGCACCACCUCCCUGGCCUUCUGGGCCGCUGCCCCCGCACAGCCUCAGCCAAGCUACAGUACUCCGAGCAUGAGGCUGAGAGCGCGAUUUUCGUGGCGGUAGAAGAGCAUCAUUUCCACGUGGGCACCAGGGUGGUGACCGCGAAGGCCAGUGUCACCAACAUCAUCAGGCUGGAACAGACCUUCCCCCAGUUCAGCACCCUUCCUGCGGAGCUGGUCCUGCAGACCUCGUACGAGAGAGCCCAUGGGACACGCACCCUGCACCAGACACUUCUGUGGGAUGACCAGGUGGUGACCCUCCACGGGAGCCUCUCUGGGUCCUUCCCCAGACCCCCAGGGAACCUCAGCCUCCAGGUGGAGCUCACGCACCAGCUGCCCCUCUCCCUGCCACGACACUGCAGUCUCAGCCUGUCCUCCGAGCAUUCACGACGUGGACGCCGGGACCACCUGGCCGUGGGCUGGGAUGGCAAGGACCAGGUGGUGGUCUCCUCCUCUCUGCAGUUGGGGAGGGACAAGCUGGCCGCCCGCCUGGCCCUGGCUCAGCCCUUCAACCUCUCCUGGUGGUGCAUGGAGGCCAGCGGCCUUGCUGAGAGCAGGGGUGGCAAGGAGAGCUGGCAGGUGCAGCUGGCCUUGGACAGAGGGCAGCCCGUGACCUUGCACCUCACCUGGGCUGACAGGUCCUCGGGGUACGAUACCAUCUGGGACGGCUGCCUGGCCGCCUCCCCGGGGCAGUUCCGGGCCACCUGGGGCCUGGGCGCCCUCAGGGCCUGUGGGGCCUUGACACAGACCACGGCCGUGUUCAGCGAGCAGCUCGACCUGUCCUGGGACCGACGCCGGGUGCGGCAGAACCUGACCUAUGAGAGGCACUGGCCGUCCCAGCCAGACCAGAUCCAUGCGGGCGUCGUGCUAGAGCAUAUCUUCACUGCCUCCUGCGCCACCCAGAGCUUCCGGGGAGAAGUGGAGACCGACUACAGCCACUGGCUACACCAUUCCCUGCACCUGGGGCUCUGUGACCUGCCCAGGGCUCUCUCAGUCUCUGGGGAGCACACCCUGGGCCACGGUGAGCUCCUGCUUCGUUCCCACUGUCGGCUGGGCCUUGCCCCGGACCCAGACCAUGGCCUACACCUCAGCCUGACCCUGCGCAACCACAGCAGGCCUCGGACACCAGACUUCUCCGGGGAGCUGGAGAUCCUCAGCCCCGAGGCUCAGCGGCUCGGCCUCUGGGGCCGGGUUUCCGCCCCGGCUUCUCGGUGUGUGGUCCAGCUGGAGGGAACCGUGGACGAUGGCAACGCGAAAGCGAGGCUGUCGGUGUCCCGGGCCCGGGGCUGCCUCCAGGCCUCUGUGGCCCACGAGGAAGGGAGCCGACAGGAGAGCGUGGUGCUGCGGGCGUGUGCCCGCGGGCGGAUGGCUGAGGCCGAGGUGCUGCUCCAGGACAGCGGGAGGCCCGUUCAGCCGCUGGGACGCCUGACCCUGCAGGCUGCCAACCAGAGUGUCCGCCUGGAGGCGCAUGGCUGCCUGGGGACCCUGCUGGGCUGCAUGGAGUCUAGUGUGGCAGCUAUUGGGUCCCAAGUGCAAGCCCAGCUGGAGAAGAGGAUGCGAGGCUUGGAAGCCUAUGUGGAAACGUUCCGGCGCCUGGUGAAGCCGGCGGGCCCCCUGGACGGUGUGGCGGGCCCCCUCCUGCACUUGUCACGUGCGGGGCUGGGAGCCGUGCGGGAAGGUGGCCGGGCGGUGGCCGCCCUGUGGGGCCAGAGCCGGGCCCGGCAGGCGCUGACCCACCACUUGCCGCUCUACCUGGAGAGGCUGCAGGCGGGGCUGGAGCAGCUGCGGAAGGAGGUGGAACGGCCCCUGGCCACGCUGAAGGAGGCUUACCUGGAGGUCACGCUGCGGCCCCUGGACGAGGUGUGGCAGGAGCGGGCCGAGUCUGCCAUGCGGUGGUUGCGGGCCCUGGGGCCCAGGCCCAUCGCGGCCACCUUGGAGCUGGCCACACGCCAGAUGCUGUCUUGGGCCGAAGCCACUUUGUCACAGGCUCUGAGGAGGCUCUGCAAGCCUUUGCUGGACGUGUACAGCUUCUCGGCCAGGAACUGCUCGUUGCUGGUGACGCUGCCACUGUUGCCUGCAGGGGACGAGCCCCUGGCUGUGGCCCGGGUGACCGGCUACCUGGUGGAGAAGCUGGUGCUGCCCUUCCGCGAGCUGUACGGGACCAACGUGCUGGCCGCGUACUACCGGCUCAAACACCGCCUGCUGCAGAGCCCCCAUGAGUACCAUGCUGUGGUGGCCGGGGCCAGGCACGUGGUGACCUUCGAUGGCCAGGUAUGGAGCCUGGGUGUCCACUGUGGGAGCCUGCUGCUGGCCAAGGACUUUGCUCACAACACGUUCUCGUUGACGCUGAACCGGGCCAGUUCAGGGCUCACGUCCGUGUCAGUGCAGCUGAACCACACUUCCCUCGUGUUCUACCCCCGCCUGAAGACCUACAGGCUGUACGAGUCCUCUGAGCCCAGGCAGAGCUGUCUGCACCGAGAUCUGCCCCCUCCCGCGACGAGGAGGGAUGUGCCCAGGGUCAAGCUGGCCAGUGAGGACGGCGUCUCAAUCACCUGUGACGUUCGGGCUGGCCUCUGCAGCGUCACUCUGGGCCUCUGGCUCCACGGUGGGUCUGGGCCCCAGCUGGGGGCCUCCGGGCCCAUGGGGUCGGCCAUGUGGCGACCACAGCAGGUGUCCGAGGCCAAUGCGGCCAAUCCCUGGCCAGGGGUGCACUUGCUGUCCUUGAGAGGCUGGGGGCCAGGUUCCCCAGGACCCCUUCCCACUGCUGCUUCCUGGGGGGCUCCCAACCUGAGCAGGCAAGAGAGGAGCCGUUGCGGUGGCUCGGCACAUGAGGGCUUCCCAUCCUCCGUUUCCUUUCUCCUCUCCCUCUGGGGAAGGGUCAGAGCCAGGGUGGGGCGUGGGAGUCAGGGGUGGAGGGUCCGGCCCCCCCGGGAACCCUGGCCAGGCUCGCCCACGUCCCCCUUUCCCAUAGGCGUGUCGGCCGGCCUCCUGGGCACCAACGACAACGAGGCUGCCAACGAGCUGAUGCUACCGGACGGCACCCUGGCCCACGGCCUGGAGGAGCUCGGCCUCGCCUGGCAGCUGGGUGGCGACUGUAGGGCCGUGGAGAAAACUCACGAGUGCCCCCAACAGAGCCCCACCUGCCGGGCCUUCUUCCAGGACCCCCGUUCCUGCCUGGGGAACUGCUUCAGUGUGGUGGACCCCACCCCAUUUCUCAGCCUGUGCACCCAGGACACCUGUGGCACCCAGGAGCUCUUUCCUGCCUGCAACCUGGCUGCCGCCUACAUCCACCUGUGUGCCCGGGGCUUCGUGCCCCUGGACCCUCCUCCACAGUGUGAGAGAGAAUCCCAGGCAGCUGCCACCCUCAGCACAGAGCCUGAUGCAGGGCUCGAUUUCAUGACUCUGGGAUUGUGACCUGAGCCACAAUCAGAAGUCAGACGCUCACCCAACUGGGCUACCUAGGCACCCCUGGAAACAUCCUGAUCAAAAUGCAGAGGAAAACAUGGCCCAAGAACACUCAGAUCAACGGAACAGAAAAGAGAACCCAGAAAUGGACCCACAAAUGUAUGGCCAACUCAUCUUUGACAAAGCAGGAAAGAAUAUCCAGUGGAAUAAAGACAGUCUCUCCAGCAAGUGGUGCUGGGAAAACUGGACAGCGACGUGAAGAAUGAACCUGGACCACUUUAUUACACCAGACACAAAAGUCAACUCGAAAUGGAUGAAAGACCUCAAUGUAAGACAGGACGGCAUCAAAAUCCUCGAGGAGAAAGCAGGCAAAAACCUCUUUGAUGUUGGCCGCAGCAACUUCUUACUCAACGGAGGCAAGGGAAACAAAAGCAAAAAUGAACUACUGGGACCUCAUCAAAAUAAAAACUUCUGCACAGCUAAGGAAACAGUCAGCAAAACUAAAAGGCAACCGACGGAAUGGGAGAAGAUAUGUGCAAAUGACAUAUCAGACAAAGGGGUUAGUAUGCAAUAUCUAUAAAGAACUUAUCAAAGUCAAUGCCCAAAAAAACAAAUAAUCCAGUGAAGAAAUGAGCAAAAGACAUGAAUAGACACUUCGCCAAGGAAGACGUCCAGAUGGCCAACCGACACAUGAAAAAUUCUUUAACAUCACUCAUCCUCAGGGAAAUGCAAAUCAAAACCACAAUGAGAUACCACCUCACACCUGUCAGAAGGGCUCACAUCAACAACUCAGGCAACAAGAGAUGUUGGCGAGGAUGCGGAGAAAGAGGAUCUCUUUUGCGCUGCGGGUAAGAAUACAAGCUGGUGCAGCCACGCCGGAAAACAGUAUGGAGGGUCCUCCAAACGCUAAAAAGAGAACUACCCUACCACCCAGCAAUGGCACUACUAGGCAUUUACCCACGGGAUACAGGUGUGCUGUUUCGAAGGGACACGUGCACCCCCAUGUUUAUAGCAGCACUGUCCACAAUAGCCAAAGGAUGGAGAGACCCCAAAUGUCCACCGAUGGAUGGAUGGAUAAAGCAAAUGUGGUAUAUAUGUACAACAGAGUAUUAUUCGGCAAUCAAAAAGUGU